AGCCGCGCGCUGCGUUUUGCUCAUAUUCAUGUUAAUGCGCGGGGACUAGUUCUUGCGGAGGGUUACACGUGCGCGUAGAUGUUAGUGAGAACGAACCCUUUGCGUGUUGUUGUGUGCAGUUGUGUGUGUGUUUUUGUAUGUGUUUGUGUGUUUUUGAAGCCUCGCGGGAGGAAGAGGAGCAGAACGUGCUGAGGGGAGAGUGAGGCAGUCUCACACUGCAGACAGAGGGACAGAGAGGGGAGUGAAUGGGCACGACUCAGUCAGCAUCACUGUGCCCUUCACUGUAUCCUAAUCGAUCGGUUCGGCUAUCGAGACAUUUCGACCCUGCACGGGUCCGUUAAGGCUGGCCCGGCCUGGGAGCUCGCCGGAGCAAUGGGACGCGAAUGAAGCAGCCCGAAGCGAACAGCAGCAGCCCGGCGGAGGAACAAACAAGGAAGCGCUUAGCUGAAGCUAACGGCUCGCUAAUAUUGAUUCUGAUGAGUGAACGAGGACCAUGCGAGCUGAAAGGAAGAGCUGACUUGUUCGGGGAUGUCGGGCAGUAAGACGCUGGGCGGGGGGGCUGGCGGCGGGGCGAGGCGCAGACGAACCCGGUGCCGGCGCUGUCAGGCCUGCAUGAGGACAGAGUGUGGAGAGUGUCACUUCUGUAAGGACAUGAAGAAGUUCGGUGGGCCCGGCCGGAUGAAGCAGUCCUGCCUUCUGAGGCAGUGCACGGCGCCUGUCUUGCCUCACACAGCGGUGUGUUUUGCGUGUGGCGAGGCAGGGAAGGAGGAUACGGUGGACUCCGAGGAGGAAAAAUUCAGCUUGUCUUUGAUGGAGUGUACCAUCUGUAAUGAGAUCAUCCACCCUAGCUGCCUCAAGAUGGGCAAAGCUGAAGGAAUCAUCAACGAUGAGAUCCCAAACUGCUGGGAGUGUCCAAAGUGCCAUAAGGAGGGUAAAACCAGUAAGGACCAGACGGACGGCUCGGGGAAACGCAAGCUGGAUAACGGUGAAGUAGGCCGCUGGAAACUCACUGAUGACCCCCCUCCCAAAAAGAAAGCUCCUCCCUCCCUGGAGGAGGCAGGGAGGGUAGAUGGGGGACACAAGAGGAAGAAAGAGAAGGAACAGCCUUCUGAUGGUGGGGCCAAGAAGAAGAUCAAAGGAGCUCAUGAAAAACGCCUCAAAAAGAAACCCAAACCAGAGUCGGGGGAGUCGAAUGGCCCCACAUCAACCUCUGGAGGAGCAGCUGGAGGACAGCAGGGCUCCUCCUCUUCCUCCUCCUCUUCCUCUCAGUCUAUAGGAGGGGGUGGUGGAGGAGGCGCAGGAGCAACAUCGAGUGUGGAUCAGCGUUCCCACCACAGAGAGAAGCUGGAGAGGUUUAAGAGGAUGUGUUUGCUGGAGCGCCGGGCCGAGUCCUCCUCCUCUUCCUCCUCUAGCUCUGAGUCCGAUUCAGAGUCUGAUUCAGAUGACUCCCUCAGGGGGGAGCAUGAGGGAGGGUCCUCACCUUCAUCCUCCUCCCCUGCUCCGCCUCCUCCUGUUAUCUACGGGAACAGCAGCGGGAGUCGAGCAGAACGAGAGCGAAGUCACAGUGAAAGGGAGAGGGCGCGACGUCUGGCAGAGCUCGGCUUCAGCGCGAGUGAGGAGUCCGAGGGGGAAGCAGUGAAAGAAGAGGAGAAGGAGGAAGAGCUGGCAGGAGGAGGCGGGGAUAAAACUCGGCGGCGAGGGGGAGGAGAGGCCCCCUCGAGAGCACGAAAAGGAGGUCUGAUGGACACAGAGGAGGAGGAUGCACCCUCUUCAGACAGGACCAGGAAAAACUCCACAUCCCUCCCGCCGCCUUCUCCCCUCUCCUCCAAUCAGAUGCCUCCGUCCUCACAGCACGAUAGCUUCAUGGGGAAGCAGCGCAGCAACGGGCAGGAGGCGCGCAACGGACGGACAAGGGGAGGGGCAGGAGGAGGAGAGAAGGAGAAUGCCAGCGGGGCUCUGACCAAUCACAGACACAGUGGGGGAGGAGGGGGUGGGGCUAAAGGCAGCGGGAGCCGCAGCAGCAAGAUCCGCAGCAACAUUAAGAACCAGACAUUAAGGAACAGCGUGAGCUCCUCCUCUUCCUCCUCCUCCUCCUCCCUUCAUACCUCUAAUGGGGGAGGCGGAGCUGGCAGUGGCCUCAUGAUGUCAGCGAUGGCAGCGUCCCCGUGUUCGCAGCCGUCUCGCCUUGUUUCUCGCUCUCAGCUGAUGAAGCGCAGCCCACCAGCUGUUCCCUCGCCUCCCCGGCCCAUCCAGAUGGAGAGGCACCUGGUCCGGCCCCCUCCAACCUGCCCUGAGCCCAGCUGUCUGCCGCUAGACUCUGGCUCCGCCCACAUCAUGACCCGAAACGAGUGGCUACGGGUCUUCACCUACCUGAGUCAACGGGAGCUGUGCGUCUGCAUGAGAGUGUGUCGCACCUGGAGCCGCUGGUGCUGCGACAAGAGGCUCUGGACUCAGAUCGACCUGAGCCGCCAGCGCUCCAUCACCCCCCCCAUGCUGAGUGGAAUCAUCCGUCGUCAGCCUGUCUCCCUCAACCUGGGUUACACCAACAUCUCCAAGAAGCAGCUCAUGUGGCUCAUCAACCGCUUGCCAGGUCUGCUGGAGCUUAAUGUGUCCGGCUGUGCAUGGCCGGCCGUCUCAGCUCUGUGUCAAGCCGCCUGUCCCUGUCUGAAGGUGUUGGACCUCAGCAGAGUCGAGGACCUCAAAGACUCUCACCUGAGAGAGCUCCUGGCCCCCCCGCCUGACACUCGGACAGCUCAUGGUGAGAGCAGAAUGGGGCGGUUCCAGAAUGUUAGGGAGCUGCGAUUGGCUGGUUUGGACCUGACAGACGCGUCAUCCCGCCUGCUGGUGCGCUACGUCCCACACCUGACCCGUCUGGACCUGAGCCACUGUGUGAACAUCACCGACCAGACGGUCCAAACACUCACCUCGCAUGCCUCCCCCCUAAAGGAGAGCCUCAACUACAUCAACUUGUCAGGUUGUGUGAAGGUGACGGAGCAGACUUUCUUGUUGCUGCAACGCUUCUGCACCCUGCAGACCAUUGACCUCCGCUCCUGCUCCCUCCUCUCUGCUGAGACCGGACAGCUGCUCUCCUUUCCACCCUCCUCGUCCACCUCCUCGUCCACCCUAACAACCUCCUCUUCCUCAGUCACCACCACCAUCGCUGCUCUGCCCUCCUCUUGUCCUGCUGAAGACAGAACGCUGCUGAAGAACAGUUAAAGUCCUCCAGGGCAUGUGACACCUGAGUCCAGAAGGCUUACAAGCCCCACCUCUGUCCUUGUUACACUACACACAGGUGAGGAGCAGGAGGAGGAACUGAACGGCGCUGAGCAGGGAGAGGAGCAGGGACGGUUGUUGGUAAUAGUUAAACAUAAAAACCCUGAGCAUGUACAUAUUUGUUCUCUGUACAAUUUUGGGUGUGUGUAUAUAUCUGUAGUUUACUGUAAAUGACCUUUAACCUCCCUGCCUGAACUCUCUACUCCUUUUCCCUCUUUUCCUUCCUUCCUUCAACCAAUCAUGAUGCCACACAUCCACCUGCUUGUCACUCUGCAGACUGGAGAAUCGUAAAGAUGUCUACAGUCAGCUGCUCUCUCUCUCUCUCUCUCUCUCUCUCUCUCUCUCUCUCUCUCUCUCUCUCUCUCUCUCUCUCUCUCAUUCUCUCUCUCUCUCAUUCUCUCUCUCUCUCUCUCUCAUUCUCUCUCUCUCUCAUUCUCUCUCUCUCUCUCUCUCUCUCUCUCUCUCUCUCAUUCUCUCUCUCUCUCAUUCUCUCUCUCUCUCUCUCUCUCUCUCACGCACGCACACUAAUGACCUGCACACUCACACACCCCUCAAGACAGCUGAUCUUCACAUUUCUACAGAGACUAGUUGCUUGAUUGCUGGUUGAUGGGUCGGACGCUGACCUGCUGUCAGUUUGUUUUGUGUUAAUAAAGUUUGUAAGUCAAACUGCAUCUGACAACAGAUCAAAGAUGGAGUUUGAUUGUUGUUGAUCUCUUCCAUCGUUCAGGAAACGUCCUGUCCAAAAGCGUCUUCUUCAGCUGCGGAGUUCCUGCUCAUUUCUAAACAACUGGACUCUUUAGUUGAUUAUGUGAUCUGGUUUUGUCUGAAGUAGACGCUUUAAACUCGGCCCGCCUGCUGCUGUGACAUUUUCAGCUCAGACUCUUCUAACAUAUCAAAGUGCUCAAACGUGAAGCCAGAAGCGAAAAAGCUUGGAUUAUUAAUCAGAUUAUCCAGUUGUCUUCCUACCAAAUGAUCUUCAGCAGCUGGAGAAACAAGCAGCCUGUCGAUCAGUCGGCAACGUCUAGAGUCUUGUUCAGGAGCUCACGGGGAAAUCCACAGAUCUGGAUCAGAGCGAAGCAAUCAGCAGCUCGGUAGUCAAACGUCACGGCCUGAGAUUUUUACAGACGUCCUCUGUGUCACACGUCUGUGUGUGUGCACGUGUGUGUGUGUGUGUGUGUGUGUUUUAGAGAGAGAGAGAGGGAAACUGAGCCUCAAUCAUCCGUCUUCAGUUUGGUGUCUCGGUCCAUCUGAUCAGUCGUGUUUUUCUCAGGAGUAUUGUUUAUUUAACGGGUGCUGCAGCAGCGCCUGAUGUUGUCGGAGCGGAGACAUUCCCGCCGUGUCCUCCGUCCUGAACGCCACGUCCCGUCCCUGCUGCCGUGUUUGGGUCAGUCUGGUUUUUGUCUGGAACACAAACUUGUCAGAAUCGAAUUAAUAAAUCACAGCUUCAGUUUACUGUCCGAAGGUCGGCUUUCUGUCUUCAGUCACAAACUGUUCUGAGAUCAGAUGGGAGCUAACUGGUUUGAACUGGUUUGUCUGGUAUUCUGAACCCUGAUUUGAUAUUUCACAAAAAAUCUGUGUUUUCCUGAAAAUCUGGACUUUCAAUGAUGUAAUCUGAGUUUAUUUUGUCAUUAAUGUAUGAUUGUUCCCAUUGAAAUGCUUUUUUCAGAAACUGGGAAAAUAUAAAACACAGUUUAGACUCAUUUCUGACUCGGUCCUCUUUUUCUUUUAAUUUUACCUCCUAGCACCAACACUUUCCUGUAAUCUUUUAAAGAAAGUGGAACAAAUCCAUUAAAGACCUGAACUCCACUGGGACCAGUACUGUCGCUGAAACUGGGUCAAAAAGCAGCCAAAGAACAAAGAGGAAAUCCUUCAGCUCUUCAGAAAGUCUGAGCUGUUGCUCCAAAACCAUUUUAACAGAUUACAGGAAGGUCAGGCUGCUGGGGAGGAAAACAGAAAGAGACCAGACCCGGAUCAGGAGUUCUGGGCCGGACCGGCCUUAAUCUGCUGAAGUGAUUCUUCACGUUUCCGGUCUGGUGUUGUAGAGCUACUGGAGCAGCAGGAGAAGUGAUCUUACCUACAUACGGGUGUUCGGAUCCGCUUUAUAGCAGUUGGGCUUCCAGGUUUUCCUCCAGAGAGUUCAGAACGGAGUUGGUUUUGGAUCGGGUCGGGUUGGACUGAGGUUCUGCUCGUGUGCUGUUAAACUCCUCUUGUCCCAUUGUUUGUAUGGUUUUUACAGCCUGGUGUUUUAAUACCAGUCCAGUUGUAGUCUGGUGGAGCUGGCAGGUCUUUGUAGAGCGGUGUUUCUGGACUCUGGAGGAACGUUGCUACAGGCUCCAGCUCCAGCUGCUGCUCUCACCUUCUGUUGAAGUUCACUUCUCUCCAAACAUAUCUAAAUGCAAGACUCCUGGUUUUCUGGUUUUAUUGUAGGAAUGCUGGCUUCUUCACUCCAUCUUCUGGGUCCUUUUUAAAUAAUACGUUUUGAUGUGAUUCUGAUUAAUAUUCGGUUCAGUAGCUAAAGCUGUGAUUCAUUAAGGGAAGGGAUCAGAAGCAGGUAGCCGAGUGUUUGACUCCACCUGUCCACCAGGUGAGCUGGAGUCAAAGCUCUUGGUUUUCCUGAAAUAUGAUUGGCUAAAGUUUUGGAUCCUUUUCAUUCUUGACGGGGUUGUCCUUUGUCUGAACUCAUGGUGACUCUCGGUUUUCAUCUGGUGAAUGUGACUCCGAGAACCAGGUGUUUUUGUUUUUAUUUGUGUUUUUGUUUUUCUUGGCUGAAUCUUGCCCCGGGGCUCCUCAGUGGUCUCCCGUACUGCACCAGUUCUGUACGCGAGGCCUUGCUGUGGUGCGUUCAGCGUCUGCUCAGGCUGUGGGACGUUUGUGUUUUCUUUGUGGUUGGCUGUUCAUUGUGUGGCAGCAGCACUGAGGGUGUAUUUUAUUAUUUUGGGUUUUAAUCGAACGCCACGUCAAAUUUAUUCCAGAAAAUAAAAAUCUAAUUGUUUGGGUAAAAUGUCUUGUGGUUCUGAUUUUGCUGCUUUUUUGGGUUUUAUUUUUGUUACGUGUAAAUUUUUAAUGAUUUUUAUGUUGCGGCUGCUCAUCUGCAGCUCUGAGAUGUUUUUAUUAAAAUGUUGAAUUUGGCGUUGCAUCAAUGUGCGCCUGUUGCUGGUUUAGAUUGCCAUAAAUGCAGCUGAGCCGCAGCUCACCUGUUUUUUUAUGUUUGUGUUUUGAUGUUUUUUUUUUUAAUAUAUGGUUGGGUGGGGGUGGUGCCUUGCAGGAAGAUCAGACCUGAUCAGGUGAGAAAAUCUUAUCAAAAUUCAACAGCCUGACAUAUCUCUCCUGGAUCUUAGUAAAACCGUCGUCGAUGUUAAAGAUGCACUGGAUCGGCCUCGACAUCCCCUUGUACCUCACAUUUUGCCAAAUGUUGUUUUUGUUGCAUUUCUCUUGUUUAAAUUAGUGUUUGUUUUUAUACUUUGUCCAUGACUCUUCCAUUGUGUUGAUGAAAAAUGAGGAAGUAGUUGGAACAAACGGUGUAAAGAGACAAGAGACCAACUCAAGGCAGCUACAUAUGAGUGACUACUGUACAAUGACAAAAUAAAGCAAUGGGUUUUUUA